UAUUUCGUCGUAUGGGCGGGUGUUUGGAAAGUGUACCGGAAGAUGGCGGUGUCUGGAGCGAAGAUACCAGGUUAUGCAGUAAAAGUAGUAAAGCCCAUCUUUAGUCGUGAUCUGAAUGAGGCAAAACGACGUGUAAGGGAAUUGUACCGGGCAUGGUACCGGGAGAUUCCUAACACAGUGCAUUUGUACCAGCUGGACAUCACGGCAAAGCAGGGACAUGAUAAAUUGCGGGAGAUGUUUAUGAAGAACUCACAUGUAACUGACCCCAGGGUCAUAGACAUGCUAGUUAUUAAGGGGAAGAUGGAACUAGAAGAGACCAUCAAAGUUUGGAAGCAGAAAACACACAUCAUGCGAUUUUUCCAUGAGACAGAAACUCCACGACCUACAGACUUCCUUGCAAAGUUUUAUGCAGGACAUGAUCCAUAAGACUUUGAAUUAUACAUAUAUUUAUAGCCUUCCGAGUAUCUGUAAAAAAUGUAAUAAACUUCAUUAAAUAAUUUUACUGUA